AUGGCUGAUUUAUUUGACAUGGAAGGUUUGGGAAUACCAGUAGAAAAUGGAUUUAAGAAUUUAACUAUAGAUGAUAAUGAUAUACUGGCUGGUCCAAUUUUAAAUUAUAAAUUAAUAGAUAAUCAAAAUACUCCUUCAAGAGAAGAAAGUGAUAAUGAAGAUCACACAAUAAAUGAUUAUUACCCUAUUCAAAGUAAACCAAUACACAUAUCCAAUAAAAAUAAUCAAAAUUCACUUCAUCCAGAAUAUCUUGAACCUGGAAAAAGGCCACGUAGAAGAUCUUCAAUAGUAUCAUCAUAUGAAAUUGUAAUAGGGAAAGAAGAUUAUGUUUCAUCCAGUUUAAUUGUUGAUAAUACACCAAGAUUAUCUGGACUUUCAGAAGAAAAUUUGAGAGAUUUAAAUGUAUAUAAACCAAAAUUAACUGAUUUUGAACCUAUAAAAGUUUUAGGUAAGGGAAGUUAUGGUAAAGUAUUACUUGUUAGAGAUACAAGAAAUGGGAAAUUAUUUGCUCAAAAACAACUAUUAAAAGCUUCAAUGAUUGUGAAUAGAGAAGAAGAUGAUGAUGAACAAGAAGAAUUUGAUUCAAAUAAUCCUAAAUAUCACAAUAAAAAUUAUCAAAGAACAUUAAAUGAAAAACAAAUUUUAGAAAUUGUAAAUCAUCCAAAUAUUGUUAAAUUAUUUUAUGCUUUUCAAGAUAAUAAUAAGUUAUAUUUAAUUUUAGAAUAUUUACAAGGUGGAGAAUUAUUUCAUCAUUUGUCAAUGGAAAAAUUUAUGAGUGAAAAAAAUGCUGCGUAUUAUUUAGCUCAGUGUAGUUUAGCAUUACAUUAUUUACAUACAAGAGUUAAAGUCAUAUAUAGAGAUUUAAAACCUGAAAAUUGUAUGCUUAAUUCUGAAGGAAAUUUAGUACUUACAGAUUUUGGAUUAAGUAAAGUUGCUUCAAAUGAAGAAAAAUUAAAUUCAAUGACUGGUACAAUACAAUAUAUGGCACCAGAAGUUAUAUUGGGUGAAGAAUAUGAUUAUUUAGUUGAUUGGUGGAGUUUGGGUUGUGUUGCUUUUGAUUUAUUAACUGGAUCACCACCUUUUUCUGGUUCUAACCCUGAUAAAGUAUUACAAAAGAUUAAAAAUUCCAAAAAGACAUUAAAAUUUCCAUUUUAUUUAAGUAAUGAUGCUAAAGAUCUUUUAAGAAAAUUAUUACAAGUUGAUCCGGAAAAGAGAUUUAAAGUUGAUGAAGAUUGGGAAAAAUUUAAAAAACAUAAUUUUUUUAGACAUGUUAAUUGGAAACAGUUGGAAAAUAUUGAAAAUUUAGGAGAAUCUAGUAUUUCAAAUUUACCUCCUAUUUUACCAAUUAUAACUGAUCCAAUAUUAGCUGAAAAUUUCGAUAAUGAAUUUACUGAAAUGGAAUUUACUCCUCAUCAACAAUCACAAUAUAUGACAUCAUCAUUUCAAAAUAAUAAAACUUUUUAUAUGAAAGAUUUUUCAUAUAUUAAUCCAAAAUUUAUAGAUAUAAUUCAUAAAUAA